AUGGAUGCAGAAGGUACAGUUGUGUGUACCCGCACAGAUGCAGCAAGUGCAACGACGCUUCGCAUGGGGCGGCCAGCUGCUUUCGAGGACCGGGGGUCCAACGACUCCCCCUAUCCAACAACAGUAUGGGCCCAUGCUUCACCAGCCCAAGGCAGCCAACCAGAGGAAACAGAGUGGUGCAUAAGUCAACGCCUCCCAGGCAUACAAAUCAUGCACUACCUCGACGACUUUCUGACUGGGGGAUCACAGGGCACAACCCAGUGCCAGGCUAACUUACAGACUUCACUGGCAAUGCUAACUCAUCUAGGUAUUCCCAUUGCUCAUGACAAAACAGUUGGCCCAGCAUCUAAAUUAACAUUCUUGGGUCUUGAAAUCGACACACUGGCCAUGCAGGUUAGAAUACCUGAAGGUAAGAUACGUGAAAUCACAUCCCAGAUACAGCAUAUCCUCUUCAAACCUAAUUCCAAGGUAACAAGAAAGGAGCUACAGUCCCUCAUCGGAAAGCUCAACUUUAUCUGUAGGGCAAUUCCAAUGGGCAGAGCCUUUUGCCGACGGCUCAUUGACCUUCUCUGUCAAGGUAAGCAACCAUUCCACCAUAUUCGAAUCACUGAAUGGGUAAAACAGGACCUGCAUAUGUGGCUAACAUUUCUUACAAAGUUUAAUGGUGUAUCAGUUUUUCAGGACCAGUUGUGGGUAGACAACUCUCAUCUCCAGCUCUACACAGAUGCAUCAGGCAGUACAGGAUUUGGGGCCUACCUUCAGGGGGAAUGGUUUUGCGGCAGAUGGCCUGAUCAGUGGGUUGUGAAUGGGACCACACUCGACAUGACUUUCCUGGAGCUGUUUCCCAUCGUCUUGGCCAUCAAAAUAUGGGGACCUCAGCUUGCAAACAAGAAAAUCCUUUUCUACUGUGACAACCAGGCAGUGGUGGCAAUCAUCAACAAGCAAUCAUCCAAAUGCCCGGUGAUGAAUCUCCUCCGUCGCCUUAUUCUUCUUUGCUUUAAUCAUAACAUCUUGUUUAAAUCUAAAUACAUUGACACCAAUUCCAAUGUUAUAGCCGAUGCACUCUCGAGGUUUCAGUUCGACCGCUUUCGGGCAGCCGCACCAGAAGCGAAAGCUGCACCAACGCCAAUCCCAGACACCAUAUGGCAGAUCUAG